AUGCGUGUCCUCCAGCCUUUGCCCCAGUAGGAGGUCCGAGCGGAGCGACCCACUUUUACUACUUGUCCGGGUUUCCCAAGGGCACUAAGGACUGCUGCUUGACAGAAAAUGUCUCGGGCUGCGGAGAGACUCCGACUUCUUAUCACCCAGCUUGACAGACCACCUGCAGCGAUUAAAGCUGCACCCACAUCUGCUCAAACCCUAAACUACAGUCAGCCGCAGAGACUGAGAUAUACUUUUGGUAACAACCUGCUGACCCCAGAACAGCGACUCUUCUAUGAGGAAAAUGGCUUCCUUCUCAUCAAAAAUCUGGUGUCUGAGGAGGACAUCGACAUGUUCAGGAGGGAGUUUGAAAGGAUCUGUCGACAGGAAAUAAAGGUUCCCGGUCUGGUGGUGAUGAGGGACGUGGCUAUAGCAAAGUCCGAGUUUGUUCCGGAUCAGAAAGCUGUCUCUAAACUCCAGGACUUCCAGGAGGAUCCUGAACUGUUCCGAUACUGCUCCUUACCAGAGAUCCUGAAGUACGUGGAGUGUUUCAUUGGACCGAACAUCAUGGCAAUGCACACGAUGCUGAUCAACAAACCUCCUGACGCAGGUAAGAAGACUUCUCGUCACCCGAUGCAUCAGGAUCUGCAUUACUUCCCCUUUCGACCGGCCGACCGGAUUGUCUGUGCGUGGACGGCUAUGGAGAAAGUGAGCAGGCAGAAUGGCUGCCUGGUCGUCCUGCCAGGAUCACACAAGGGCACGCUGCAGGAGCAUGACUAUCCUGAGUGGGAGGGUGGGGUGAACAAGAUGUACCAUGGAGUCCGAGGCUAUGACCCACAGCACCCCAGGGUGCACCUAGAAAUGGAAAAGGGAGACACAGUCUUCUUCCACCCGCUGCUCAUCCACGGCUCUGGCAUGAACCAGACGCAGGGCUUCCGCAAGGCCAUCUCCUGCCACUAUGCCAGCGGUGAUUGUUAUUAUAUUGAUGUGAAGGGAACCACACAGGAAAACAUAGAGAAAGAGGUGAAGGAGAUCGCAGCGAGGAAGUAUGCCGUUGGUGAUGAAAUCACUUUAAAGGAUACCUGGGCCGUUCGAGGUCGUCUGGUGCAGGGAGCGAGGAUUUCGAUGUGAAGACGCCGCUGCAGGGUGAUGAAACUGAGCUGAAACUUCACCAGAUUAGUACAGCGAUCGAAUGAGGAGCAGCAGGACCGCAACACUGCGACAGAGCUUUCUGAUGAGUGCUCUGCAAGGUCAUCAAAACAUGAUCUUAUCUCAUUUUUGAUAACAGUCUGUGUGUAAUUAUGGAAUUUAACAGUUUUACAGCACAGGAAUGCAUCUAAAAUACAUCCAGUUUAGCCAAAUGAAAAGAAAAAGGCACACUAAUUACACAAAUGGGCAUCUUAAAUAAUGAUGGAUUGUUUUAUGUUGAAAAAGGAAACUGAGUGUGGUAUGUGUGAGACUCAGAGUGAGGCUGAAAGAGGGAGAAGAUGAGAGAAUAAUGAAACUGUAAGCAAAGACGUGUAAAUGAUCAGUGCACUUGUUAAUUAACACUAACAGAUGCCUUAAUCUGCCUUGUAAGUUUAUUUUUGUGUCUUUGAAUGUAAUUUUGAGCCUUUUAAUGGGAGUUUUUGAUUUCUAAACGCUUCGUGUAAUAAAU